AUGACCGUCAACGUCCUUAACUGUAGCAAUGGAAGUUAUGGGAUUGGGCUGGUAAAAAGUGUAGAUAAGCAACGGGUUUGCCCUUGUUUUGUCCGAGAAGCAAAGGCAUGGGUUUGGAAAUCCGCAAAAAUCAGAUGUGUGCCUAUCUGGAAAUCCAUAUCCAAAAGCCAUCCUAAACUUGGACUUUGCCUAGAAUGUCAGUGGAGAACUCCAAAAAGUAACCGACACAGGAACAUUAUCCUUCAUCUUCUUCACCAUCCCAAGAAAAGUUUUUCAAAGUGUCCGCGCAUCUCUCUGUCAAGAACAAUUAGUCGGCCCCCAAUGGAGGACGAGGAGGAUGAGGGUUUAGGGCUCUGCUACACCCGAUACAUGGACAACGACUAG